AUGAACAUUUUUUGUCUUUCCAGUCUCCGUUCCAUCUCUGAGAAACUGCUGGAUGCCUACUUUCCCGACGUAACAGCCUCGCAGAAGAGGGUCGAGUUCCUGCCAGUUGAGUGGCGAACCUCUCUUCAACUUUGCGGUGACAUUAUGGACUCCCUGACACUGAAUAAUGUGGGCCGGCUUCGUUACUUCCUCAACAGCACAUUUAUGGACAUUAUGUACUACAGUAGUCCACUCUAUCGCUCGGAAAUCAGCCGGAAUCUGCUGACUGAACUCAACCGACUCUACACCCUGUUCCGCCAACGGCAUCCCUACUUCGAACGCGAUGGUGGUCGCGUCUCCAUCAUGUCUCACUCCCUGGGCUCUGUAAUUGCCUACGAUCUCAUCACUGGUUGGGUGGAUCCAACUCCACCUGAUCAUCCAACCUACGUGCAAAGGUCGCUUUCAGACGCACUUGGUACGCAGCUAAAUUUUGUCGUCGUUUAA